AUGCUCUUGUUUGAACACCGGCUGGCGGAAAGAGGAUGCUUGCUGCUCUGGCUGCUCCCGUCUGUCCUCAGAGCCCAGUCUAACGGGGAGGCCAGGGCCAGGUCCACGCCGUGCCAGCAGAGCCCCACGAAGGUGUCUUGCAAAGGGCUUGGGCUGCGCAAGUUUCCAAAGGAACUUGGCCAAGGAGUGAAGCACCUCGAGCUCUCCAACAACUUCAUCCAAAACCUUUCGGGCAGCCACGUGCCGGGGUUAGGGCAGCUGGAGUACCUGGACCUGUGCUUCAACCGGCUGGAAGCCGUGUCAGCCACCACGCUGGCUCAGCUGCCCCAGCUGCGCUCUCUGCUCCUGCGAUCGAACCGCCUGGACCGCAAUUACCUCGCUAACGGGCGAGCCUUUCGUUUGCUCAGCAAUAUAGAGGUCCUGGACCUGUCGGCAAACAACCUGGAGAGCCACAUGGCCGGCUGGUACGUCAGAAACCUCACCACGCUGAGGGUGCUCGAUCUCUCCGGGAACAAGAUGACCAGGCUGCCGGCGGGGAUCUUCUGGAGCACGUCACGGCUGCGGGAGCUCGACCUCAGCGACAACUACAUCGUGGACAUCGAGGAGGGAGCUUUUGAGGCCCUGGAAGAGCUGGAGGUGGUGAACUUGGCUUUGAAUUCCCUCCACUGUAUCUCUGGCUUCAGCCUCGCGCAGCUGCGAGUUUUAAAUCUCAGCCACAACGCCCUGGAGCUCUUCGCCUCGGAGGAGGGGGCAGAGCCGUACCUGCUCCGAGUGCUCGACUUGAGCCAUAACAGACUCCUCUAUUUUCCAGAGCUCCCGGGAGCCCGUUACCUCACCCAUUUAAACCUCUCCAACAACCUGAUCGCUUCCCUGCUCCCAGGCUCUCGCGGUCCGGGGGAGUUUGCGCUGCGCUACGAGGAGAUGGCGAGGUUUAACGGGACCUCGCGUGCCCCGGCUGCUCUGGCACUCGUAGCUGACUUGGAUCUGAGCAACACCCAGCUCCAGCUGUUCCCGCUUGCCUUCUUCCAUGGCCUGGGCUCCCUGCACAGCCUCAGCCUGGCCAGGAACUGUCUCCAGGACGUAGCCAGGGAGUCGCCGGCCGGCGGCACGGAGCCCAGCGACCGCUCGCCGGAGCGUCCUUGCGAGAGCCCGGGGAGCGACUGGGGAGGGAGCUGGGGAGGGGGCUCUCGAGUUCCAGCCCCAGGAGGCUCCUGCACCCCCUUCUACAACUUGCCUCGCCUGAAGCACCUGAGUCUUCGCAAGAACAACAUCACCAGGCUGCACCCCUACACCUUCAACCAGACCUCGCUGCUCUCCCUCGACCUGUCCGGGAAUGAGGGCUUGUUCGUGUCUAAGGAAGCCCUGGGGGGGUUGGAGUUUUCCCUGCAGAAGCUCUCCCUGAGGGGCAACCAGAUGGACAACAGCAAGGCAGAGCUCCCCUGCCUGGACACGCUCAAAGUCUUGGACCUCUCGGGCAAUAAUUUGAGCCUUUUGCCCACGGGGCUUUUCUGCUCCCCGCUGGAAAGCCUGGACGUUCGCCACAACAACCUGCUGACGCUGGACAGGCCGGCGCUCGCGAGCUGGUCCCGCAGCCUGAAGGACGUCUCCGUCGCUGGAAACCCCUUCAGCUGCUGCUCCCUGGCCUCGCCGGACGCUGCGGGCGGCCGGCGUGGGCGUGCGGGACCUGGACGAAGCCCUCUGCGCCUACCGCGACGAGAGCAGGAACUUCUCGGCCAAGAUCGCCAGCAGUCCUUGGUGGCUUUGCCCACGUCCCAAGGGCACCAGCCCUCUGGCUCUGCUCGUGGUCGUGAUGGGCCUUUUCCUCCUCAGCUCCGGGGCUUGCUGCCUGCUGAGGAGACGGCAGAAGUCACCGGGGUUUGCGGGACUCCAGAGCAACAGGGUCUUCCCCCCCCGCCCCGAAAAAGAGGAGCCAGCCGAGGCGCAGACAGCGUCACCAAAGUGUAG